GCACGAGCAUGAAUUCACGACGAUAGACUGCGUUUUGUGAUUUGGGAAUCGAAGGACUCGAGCACUCGACUUAGUUUUUGGCCAAAGUCGUGAGAUCCCGGGAAUUUAUUUCACGGAUGGCGAAAAUCUGAUGACUAUGAAGGUCAAACAGAUUGGUCUCCGCGGUUAGGAUCGGAUGAGGGUUUAGGGUUUAUGCUUCCUAGCUUAGUCUUAGUCUUGUGACAUGUUGUACCGAAAAUCCUCGAACUAUGGAUCAAGAAUCCGUCGUGCCAACAAAUGCGCGAGAACCUGCGGCCUCGCACUAUGGAUGACACGGAGAGAGCUCCCCAAAUUUUACAUUGAUUCGAGGAUGUGGACGAAGUGUAUACGUCACGAAUGCCUUUUGAUUCGAGUGUCGAGCAAAAUUGAGGCUUGGGCUUGCUUACUUAGUGCUGUGAGCAUGUUCGACUACAACUUUUGCCCUUUCGGUGAUCGAGUGGCCGGUCCGUGAAUGAGUUUGGCAUCGGACGUCCUCUAUAUUCCCACCUCAUACCGAGAAAUGUAAUGUUUCGGAUCCUUAAGUUGCAAACCCUAGCUGGGCAUGGCUGGCCCGACCACUCCCCCACUUAGGAUGUCCUCGGCUCGCAUCAAGACAUAUGUCAUUCCAUUCAGCCAGCAAUUUGUGUUCUAAAUGUUCUAUUCGGAACUAAAUAGCAUGGACAUGUUGCUUCGUCGGGCAGGACUGUCGUUCCAGUUCACAAUUGAAGCCAUUGCGUCCAUCGUAGUGGGACAUGUAGAGGCAUUACGAGAGUAUGCAGGUAUGCAAGAAUUGAAUACCAAGUGCUUCCGACAUGGCUGUAGGAAAGCCGUGUCGGAAGCCAUGCCAUAUUCAUGGCUUUCCUACAGCCAUGAAUAUGGCAACGAAUGAUUUCUAGAAUGAGCUAAUAGUUUCUAGGCACCAUGAUGCGAUUAGGCAUGUACUCCAAGACCUUUAACUUCCCACCAUGUCUACUCGAGGAAGAGGAGGAGGGAAGGCCCGGAAGCUACGAAGUUUAAUACAUGAGGAGACAUGGUGUUCAGGUGCACAGAUGCGCUUACGGUGAUCGUGACAUAUUCUGGAAAUUAUCUCGGUGCUGUAGAAUACUGUAAAGAAAGGUGCCAUGGUUCAAAAGUCGAACCAAGACAGGGAUUCUCCGAUGGUUCCAACAUCGCAAGAUCCGAUCCCGACCACAGUGGACUGUCGAGUCUCGAUUGUCGAACGGUGGGUUACUCAGCCUCGGCCUCUGCUGCACUUGAAGCCGUGGCUCCAGGGCUCAACAGCCAACUCCGAUCGAGCUUAAGUGUAUAUUAUAAACAAUUCACUAUACAUUUGGGCAAUGUAUUAUAUAUAUUUGGCAUCUGGAUCUUUGUCUGGUUAAAUUCCUUCUUAUGUCUGGUAAAUUAA